AUGGCUGAAUCUCAGGACGAGCUGGCUUUGUUUUAUCAUUACAAUCCCUCCCUCAUAGCGGCGGCUAUCUUUGCGGCCCUCUAUGGCAUCGCUUUCGUCCUUACCGUCGUUCAAUGGGUUCGCUUUAGACCGCGGGUAUGGUUAGUCAUGGUAGCUGCUGCAGGAAUGGAAGUAGUUGGUUACAUCACCCGUUGCCUAUCGACGUGGAACGUGACUGAGAAAUCAAUUUACGUCCUCCAAUUCGCACUUUUAGUCCUUGCUCCAGUUCUCAUGGCGGGCGUAUGCUAUGUGCUUUUCGGUCGUAUUCUCUUCCUCGCAGUCCCCAAAGAACAUCGUACCCUAAGGGUAUGCUGGGUUCCUCCCCGAUUCGUAACCCAGGUCUUCGUGGGCUUCGAUAUUCUUGCCCUCCUACUACAACUGGCUGGUGUCGUGUUUAUCACAUCCGGGAAUGGGGAAAGCAAGGAUGCCAUUGACCAGUUCAAUCGAGGCCGUGAUCUCGCGAUUGGUGGUGUCGCCCUACAACUCGUGGCAUUUGGAAUCUUCACGGUGGCUGCAAUCCGUUUCAACUUCACUUCGAAGAAGUUCAUCCAGUCGGCUCCAGAACAGCUAGAGGCGCAAACCGAUCUGGCCUUCUCGGUCGAGAAUAAGCCAACGGAGGCUAGCUGGCCCAGCUUGCUGCGCGUGGUGAAUUUGACUACCUUGAUGAUCUUGAUCCGUUCUGUUUAUCGUCUCGUUGAGUUUACAGAGACCCAGCUCGGAUAUAUCAAUACGCACGAAUGGUGCAUGUACGUCUUUGAUGCGGUGCCAAUAUACCCCUGCGUUGCGCUCUUCAUUUACUGGCAUCCUAGCCUGUAUCUUCCCUAUAUGGGAUUCCGUCUACCCAAGCAUGCGCGGUAA